CCUGCCUUCAGGCGCUUUGGAGAAUAGCUUGACUCCCUCUUCUUUGUGGCAACCCUUGGACUUCAUGGAUUUGAACUCCCGGCAUUGGUUGGUGAAUUCUGGGAACUGAAGUCCACAUAUCUUAAAAGUUGCCCAAGGUUGAUGAAGACUGAUUGCUUUUUAAACAGUGUUAGCCUGUCGGUCCCAAAUCCCGGCUCAAGGAUAUUUUGCCACCGCAACCCAGUUCCUUUUCCUUUGCAACCUUGUCCAUUUUAUUCUGGACGUCUUUUUCCUCCUUCCUCUCCGGCAUCUUUGUUUUUCUGGAAAAAGGAGAAAAGCACCGCCUCAGAAAAAGAAUAAAUAAAUCCUUAGCUCCUUUUUUUUUUUUUUUUCUUUCCCCUCUGGCACUCCACGGGUUAAGGAGAAGAAGGGGCGAUUCCUAGAGGGGCUCCGGAAGAUGAAAGGGCUGCGAGUUUAGAGGCAUUUAACCAAAAAAAAAAUAUAUUAAAAAAAAAUAAAAGUUCCUUCCUGUUUUAAUUUCCUGCAGGAGCUGCUGAAUGGAAGAUGGGAGAAGGCGCUGCUACUGCUGCCGCCGACGCGCGCAGAGGGAAUGGGUUCCUCUGCAGAGACGGCCUAUCUCCCUCUAAACUAGAGUUAGUGGCGUAACUAGGGAAGCCUGGAGCGUGCCUGCCACUUAACCAACCAACCUUACAUGAGAAUCUGUUCAGGGAUCGACAGCCUUAGGCCAUAUGUUUGAUCCAGCCCAUGCUGAGGACUGGGAAGUCUCCUAAGGAAGGGGCUGGCUGACCACGGAUGAGGCCCAAACAGACUUGGGACAAAAUGGCUGCCAAGGAAGGGACCCAGUCAAGCUUCGGCCUCCGGUUUCAUGCCGAGCUGGAGCAAGGAAUGCAUCAGCGGAUUAAGAUGGAGGAAGAGGAGCCGGCGAAUUCCUCCACAUCUGGAGAAGGCUUGGAGGAAGCUCCUCACCUCCUUCAGCCUGGAAGCAUUCGGGAGUUCUUGCAAAGACCGCCCGGAGACCAGGAAGCUGGAGAUGGGCUCCUCCAGCGGUGGGAGGCCCAGUGGCAGGAUUUUCUGAAGAAACUGGAGUACCCUCACUCAGAAUGGGAGACGCCCCAGUUGCUGGACGAGCCCACCCCCUGGGACAACACCAAGGCCUUCCUGGCGUCUUUUGAACAAGUGGCCCAGGCCUGCCAGUGGCCCAGAGAAGACUGGAUGGCCCGUCUCUUGCCUGCCCUGAGCGGGGAAGCAGAGCAGAUCUUCAGCAAUCUGGACACCAGAGACCGGGUGGACUAUGACAAGGUCAAGGCGGCCAUCUUGAGGGGGGACGCCAUUGCCAGGGAGCGCCAGCGGCAGAACUUCCGACGGUUCUGUUACCAGGAGGCUGAAGGCCCGAGGGGUGUCUACUGCCAGCUCCAGAAACUUUGUCAUCGUUGGCUGAAGGUGGAGAGACACUCCAAAGAGCAGAUCCUAGAGCUGCUGAUCCUGGAGCAGUUCCUGGCCAUCCUGCCCCCGGAGAUGCAAAGUUGGGUCCGGGAACACGGUCCGGAAACCUGCUCCCAGGCGGUGUCCCUGGCCGAGGAUUUCCUGCAAAGGCAACCAGCCGAGGCGGGUUGGGAAGAACAGGAGCUGGGACCCAUUGAAGAAAUUGCGCUGGACUUCUCCGAGGGAGAAGAGUCACCAUCAAAUGAGGCCGAUGGGGACAUUCAGGAGAAAGAUGUUGGAUCCUUGGGAUGGACGUGCAUUAAUGAGAAGAUGGCCCACGCCGAAAGUUUUGACCAAGUUUUCAACAGGACCCUGAAACGGGGGAGACUGGAAAACAAGGUUUCCCACUUUGGGGAGCAGGAUGACAUUUUGCACGGGUGGUACCGAGCUGAGAGGAAGAAAGGAAGUGGCUUGCAAGACAGGGAGGAAGGCUCCCCCUUCUGGGAGGGCGAGGAAUUGCUGGAUGGUCCCGGCGAUGACGAGCAGUUCCACGAAGGAAAAGACGCCUAUCUGGUGGGCGGGUGGAGCUUCAGGCAGAGAGCCGAUCUGAUUAAACUCGAGAAAAACGAUCUUUACAAAUUCUCCGACGGUGGGAGGAGCUUCAAAGCGAUUUCCCCGUGCGCUUCAAGCAACGAGAACGACGAGGAGAAAAAGCCGCACCAGUGCCCCGAGUGUGGCAAGUCCUUUAUUGCCAAAGCACACCUGAUCAUCCAUCAGCGGAUCCACACCGGAGAGAGGCCCUUUAAAUGCCUGUCCUGUGGGAAGACCUUCACCCAGCGCUCAAACCUCACUGUCCAUCAGCGCAUCCACACGGGUGUGAAACCCUUCCAGUGCGCAGACUGCGGGAAAAGUUUCUGCUCCAGCACCAACCUCAGCAAACACCAGAGCGUCCAUGUGAAAGGGGCCCCGUACAAAUGCUUAGCCUGCGGGAAAAGCUUCAAGAUCCACGCCCAUUUUAUCGCGCACAAGAGAAUCCACGCCCGGCGGAAACUCCACUCCUGUCCGGACUGCGGGAAAUCCUUCCUCGCCGCCUUGCAUCUCAUCAUCCACCAGCGAAUUCAUACCGGAGAGAAACCCUAUAAAUGCUUAGAGUGUGGGAAAAGCUUCAGCCAGAACGCUCACCUCAAAGUGCACCAGAAAAUCCACAAAAAGGGGAAGAGGUUUCAGUGCGCUGACUGCGGAGAAAGCUUCCUCUCCAGGUUGAACCUCAGCCAGCAUCAAACCCUCCACUUCGCCGAUAACCCCUACACGUGCACCGAAUGCGAGAAGUCCUUCCGCCUCAACUCUCACCUGAUGGCUCACAAGCGGAAUCACGCCGCCAAAAAGCCGCACAAGUGCUCCUAUUGCGGAAAAGCUUUCUUUACCAAAUCCUACUUCAUCAUCCACCAGAGGAUCCACACCGGGGAGAGGCCGUUCAAGUGCUUGACGUGCGGGAAAUGUUUCAGCCAAAGCUCCCACCUGAACGUCCACAAGCGCACCCACACCGGGGUGAAGCCGUUCCCGUGUUCUCACUGCGGGCAGAGUUUCAGCUCGAGCACCAACCUGCUCAAGCAUCAGAGGAUCCACACAGGGGAAAACCUGUACAUCUGCUCCGACUGUGGGAAAAGCUUUAAGGUGCAUUCCCACCUGAUUGCGCAUAAGCGGAUGCACGCCGCCAAAAAGCCCCACAAGUGCUCCUAUUGCGGGAAGUCGUUCUUCGCCAAGUCCUACCUCAUCAUCCACCAGAGGAUCCACACCGGGGAGCGGCCCUACAAAUGCUUGGCUUGUGGCAAGAGCUUCACGCAGAGCUCCAACCUGACGGUGCACGAGCGCACCCACACGGGCAAGAACCCGUUCCAGUGCUCGGACUGUGGGAAAAGCUUCAAGGUGAGUUCGCACCUGCUUGCGCACAAGAAAAUCCACGAAACCAAGAAGCCGCACAAGUGCUCGUACUGCCACAAGUCCUUCGUCUUCAAGUCGUAUCUGAUCAUCCACGAACGGAUGCACACGGGUGAGCGACCGUUCAAGUGUCUGGCGUGCGGGAAAAGUUUUAGUCAGAGUUCCCACCUGAACGUUCACAAAAGGACGCACUUGGGGAAGAAGCCGUUCCAGUGUUCCGAAUGCGGGAAAAGUUUCCGUGUGAGUUCCCAGCUCCUGGCCCACAAAACCAUGCACGUGGCCAAAAAGUCUUAUGCCAGCCCGACGAGCAACAGCAAUACCAAUAGUAGUAACAACAACAGCAAUAGCAAUAAAUGCCUGGAUUGCGGGAAAACGUUUAUUUCCAAGUCCUACCUGAUCAUCCAUCAGAGGAUCCACACCGGCGAGAGACCCUAUAAAUGCCUGGUGUGUGGGAAAUGCUUCAGCCAGAGUUCGCACCUGACGGUCCAUCAGAAGACGCACCGCCGCGUGAAGAUGUUCCAGUGCUCCGAAUGCGAGGAGAGUUUCAAUUCCCACAUGAAGCUGUUGAAGCACCAGAGGAUCCACAUGAAAGGAAAUCCCUUCCAGUGCUUGGAUUGCGGGAAAUCGUUUGUCACCAAAUCGCAACUCAUCAUCCAUCAGAGAAGCCACACAGGGGAGAGGCCGUACAAGUGCUUGGACUGUGGGAAAGGGUUCAGCCAGAGCUCCAAUCUUAUACGGCAUCAGAGGAUUCACUCGGGGGAGAACCCCUACAAAUGUUCGGACUGCGGGAAAAGCUUCUGUUCGCACGAGAAUCUGAUUAAACACCAGAGAAUCCACACCUAAAACCCUGAACGAGCUGUUGAUAAGAGGUUAUGGACCAGUGUUUCCCAACCUUGGGGAAUUCUGGGAGUUGAAGUUCGUGCAUCUUAAAAUCCCCAAGGUCGAGAAACAAUGUUAUGGACCAUUGCAUUGUAUUAGCCAAGUGUCCGUUGGGGAGACUACACUACAACAGAAGGCCACAUUGCCGUUUUGCUGUCACGACACGAGAAUUUGCUGCUUAUCCGAGCAUCAGUGGAAGAGAUGAAUCAUGUCAAGGCAGAGGAAUGGAGAAAGUCUCCCGGGGGGAGGGCGAUUCUCCCAUGUAUUUGGAAGCCUUUACUCAGAAUUUGAACUCAGUACUGUUUCUAAACUGAGGAGCUAAGAGUGGCCAGAGAAUGUUGUUCUGCAUCCGUCAGCCGGCUUCAGAAUGAUUCUUAAGGACCACCAGCCAAGCCAUCUCUUGACAAAAGCUUCCAGGUCACGUCCGUUAAGUAGUCACUCCAGAUGAGUUUCUUUUAAUUAGACUAAUCUCCGACUUUUUCUUCAGGCCUGUGAAGGGAUUUCUUUUUAUUUUAUCUCCACAAACGAUGACUCUGCCAGGAAGGUUCAACUGAGAGAAAGUCCAGGGCCUUCAAGGGCCUUCCGAGUUUUCAAGACUAGCUGGAUCCCCAUUGUCCUGCUCUGCCUCCAUAAUCACCACCCUGCGUUGAUCUUGGGAGUCUCUUCUGCAAGCUAGAAAUUUUCGUUCGUCUUUGUUUAUCUUAAAGAGAGGCAAUCCAGCGUUCUCCAUAUGUGCAAAGAUGGUGGGUGGUGGUUUAAAUCACAUCAAAGAUGGGGGGGGCUGGAGCCUAGCCUUGAUUCCUUCUGACUAGCAUCACUCUCUAGAUCGUAGGUUGACCAAGUCUAUCUGCCGCCUUUUGUUAUUUAAAAAAAUGGAUUCAGUUUGGGUCAUCUUCACGGAGACAUUCUUAUCCCAAGCUCUGAGGAGAUUUCUUUUUUCACAAGUUUGAAAAAUGGAAGCAUGGGACUUCCUAAGCUCCUCUAUAGAAGGUGGUAGGAUCAGCCCAGGAGAAAAGCCACAAAUCGUUGGCGGUUCUUGGUGGAUUUUCAGGUGCCACAAGGCCUAGUGUUUUUGGCCAGAUGUCUUAGAAUUGGUGCAGAGCGCAAGAAACUGGAUUUUUAAAAUGGUCUUUGGUUUAAACACCAGCCCACUGACCAGCUGAAGGUUUUCAGCCUCUUGAGUGUUUUCCCCAAAAUUAUUUAUUUUUCAAUACAUUAACGAAAUCAGAGUCCUGUUGAGCCAACCAACACCACCUGGACUCUGCAGUUAAGAAAAUGGUUGCGAGAUGAGUGACUUGGGGCUAAUUGAAGAAGACCGCCCCAACCCCGGUUCCUGCUUAUCUUCUGGAAAUGUGUGUAGGUCACCAAGCUGCUUUCAUAAGCAAGGAGGCGAAAUUCUUGAUUUUGUGCGUUUUGACAUGAUCAUCCAGCCUUCUGUGUUCACUGCCUCCCAAAGAACAGAAAAUAAGUCUUAGCAAACAACGUAUUCUUGUA